GUGUUUACUUGAUAAUAUUAUCCUGAUUUUCACCAAACAAUAAUUUCCGCACACAUCCACCAUGAGCCACUUCAACAACCCCGAUUCUGUCGCUACAAACAAGCAGGGUGAAUUUCACCCUUCGGUGAAACCUACGGGUCCUCUAGAGCAGGGCGGUCACCAAGUAGGAAGAAAGGUCGCUCCCAGCGACUUCGUCCCCGAAUUCCGCGCUGAGAGCCAUCCCCCCGGUACCGCGCCCGCCAGCAGCUCCUACCAGCCUAAUCCCAUCGGCGAGGUUGGUGGCCAGGCACUCAACCCUAAUGUCGAGCGCAGCCAUGGCAAGGAAUCUGUCAAGACCAACGCUAGCGAUACCUUGAUGGGCGCUACAUCGCAGGACGUGCACCGGGGUAUGGGCCAGCCUAUUUCGGGACAGACCAGCAACGAGCUUCGUCAUGAUGGACAGCAUGGACGCAAGGGCCAGAGUGCGGGCUUGGAACAAGUUGGAGCUAGUCGGGGAACUACCUUUGAGAGAGAGAUGCCGAGCCAGCGUGGACUGGAGCGCGAUGAGGCGCGCCCUGGUCAGCGCGGUGAUAAGGGUGCAUUGGCUGCAGAGGAUCGCGUGCCGGAGUCGGCAGAGACGGCGGCCGCUGAAUGGAGGUAUGAGCCUUCGACUAAGAGGGAUAACCCCCAUAAGCAUUGAGCGUCACCACAGGCUGGACCUUAAUUGGAUUUGAAGUGAAUAUGCUUAGAAAGGAAGUAUUUUAACGGCAAUGUAUUAAUGAACAAAAUAUUCCUGCGUCUAUCGGUAUGG